AUGCUGUAUGUCAGCUCCAACUUUGGCAACCACCCGCUGUCCCAUCUGAUGCAGAGCGUGUUUGGCUUGCACGACUCGAAGCGCAUCGAAGUCACUUGUUAUGCCACGUCAUCGUCUGACCAGUCGCAGUGGCGGCGGAAAAUUGAAGCGGACGCCGAGCAUUUCAAAGAUCUGAGCGCCAUGACCACUGGGGACGCCGCCAGACUUAUCCACAACGACGGCAUUCACAUUCUCGUCAAUUUGAACGGAUAUACCAAAGGUGCACGAACGGAAAUAUUUGCGCUGCGUCCUGCACCCAUUCAAGUAUCGUUGAUGGGGUUCCACGGGUCGAUGGGUGCAGAGUACAUGCAGUACAUUGUCGCCGACAAGAUCGUCUUGCCAGUGGACGUGGCGGCUGUGGGGUACACGGAGAAAGUGCUGUACAUGCCGCAGUCGUUCUUUGUGAACGAUCAUAAGCAGAGCGCUCUGUCAGUGCUAGACGUGGACAGCAUCAGCCCCAGUCGAAGCACCUAUGGGCUGCCUGAAGAUCAGUUUGUGUUUUGCAACUUUAGCCAACUGUACAAGCUGGACCCUGCGAUGUUUGGCACGUGGAUGCACAUAUUAAAACGGGUGCCCAACUCGGUCUUGUGGCUGCUGAGAUAG